AUGAAUUUUCAGGCACACAAAAUCCAAGAGUACAACCGUGCCGUCGAGCGUCAGAAGGCCGAGAUCGAGUUGGCGGAACGUCGGGAGAGAGUCCGUCGCGCCCAGGAGGCCAAUCGAAAGGCCGCCGAAGAAGAGGCCAAGCGUCAUGCCGACGAGGGAGAAGACUUUGAGGGAUUCCCCGGAGCCGGAGGAUUCCCGGGCGCUGGAGGCUUCCCUGGCAGAUUUCCGGGUGCUGGUGGAUUCCCGGGAGGAGGUGCCGGAGGACCACCCGGAUUGGACGCGCUCUUCAGCGACCCGGAGCUCAAGGCGGCUCUGCAAGAUCCGGAAGUGCUGCCGGCGCUGAUGGACAUUAUGCAGAACCCGGCGAACAUGGUCAAGUACAUGACGAACCCGAAGGUGGCCAACCUCAUCACCAAACUUCAGGCCAAGACCGGAGGAAGUAAGCGCUUUUGUAACUAUUACUCAACCUAAAUUCUCUGCUUUCAGUGCCUGGAUUCGGAGGAGCUGCUGCAGGAGCCGGAGGGUGCCCGGAUGCCGCGUGCGGAGGCGGAAGACCAUGCGGAGGAGGCGGCGGCGCUUCGGCCCCGCCACCGCGCAGAGCCCCGGAGCCGGACCUUGACUAA